AGGGGAUUGUGGGAAAUAUAACUACCGCGACAUUUGGUUGUGACAUCAUCUGUACGCGACAGAACAAAUGCGGGAGGCUCAUGUUUAUUUGAAGAGAUAUUCAGAGUGAUUGCACACUGAGUCAAGUGUGACUGAAGAGCGCUGUGAUGGCCACACAGAGAGUUCUCCCACAAAGCAAAGAAACUCUUCUGCAGAACUACAAUAAGAGACUUAAAGAUGACAUCAGGUCAAUUCUAGACAAUUUCACCGAAAUAAUCAAAACAGCAAAGGUGGAAGAUGAGACUCAGGUUUCCAGGGCAACACAAGCUGAGCAGGAUCACUAUGAAAUGCACGUUCGAGCUGCCAACAUUGUACGUGCAGGAGAGUCUCUCAUGAAACUUGUCUCAGACCUGAAGCAGUUCCUCAUCCUGAAUGACUUCCCUUCUGUCAACGAGGCCAUCAGUCUCCGCAACCAGCAGCUGCGCACGCUGCAGGAAGAGUGCGACAAGAAGCUCAUCUCCCUGCGUGAUGAGAUUGCCAUCGACCUGUAUGAGCUCGAGGAAGAGUAUUACUCCUCCAGGUACAAAUAGACCAGUGAUCCCAAACGUGUGCAGUCACAUCUGCCUUCCCUUGCUUACCAAAUGUGAUGCAUAUGUGCAUCAUAAGUACAUAACACAUGGAGCCAAAGGUAUUUUUUACUUGCACAACCAAUUAUAGGCUCUGACCGGUUUUCAUUUUACUAAAAUAUCAUGGCCUAAGCAUGUUAGUUUGCUAUUUGUUUGAAUUAAACCAUGCCAUUUUUGUCCUCCAUACAUAGUCAUAUCAUACCAUUGUGCCUUAAGACUAAUGAAAGAGUACAUUCUCCUUUUGACCCAGUUCAGUUACAUAGUAAGAUCAUUUAGAAACUGUUUGGCCCUUGCGCUUUAUUCAUCUUGUCAUAAUUAUUAAAAGCCAGACAUAUCUUUUUCUGCUAUGCUUAUAAUAUAGCAAACAUACAGAAAAACCAUAUAUUCAUGUUGUAGUCGCACCCAAGACGUUAUCAAGCACUUUCAGUAUAACUGAUUUUGCACAAGAAAACCCAUCUGUUAUGCAAAAGUGCCUUUAAAUAUUUCCCAUCCAGGUGCCUUAAAUCAUUAUGUUUUAGAAGAUUUACUUGCAAUUAGGAUGUGUACAUAAGGUAGUCUUGUUAGAGAUGCUGUUUGGGUUUAAUUUUAAUAGAGGUUAAUAUGAUAUUCAGAGAUUUUAAAUCUAUUCAUGCUGUCUUUGAAGCACACCAGUAUAAAGAUUAGUAGUUAUAUGAGAAGAGACAUUUUGGAAAUAAUUCUGGAAAUAAUCUACAUUUUUUAAAGAAAAACGUACAUGUGAAUCUAAAUUUGAAAUUAGACUGAGCACAUUAAUUUUGAUGCCUGUACUGAUGAGCUGCAAAAUUCAAAGCACUUUAGAAUUUUUGAAAAAAGAAUGUAGUGUUCUGUGCGUAUUGUAAAAAUUAAAGAACCAUAUCAAUUAGCUUAGGGGAAGAAAAUCAUUCAAGAAACAGGUUUUUUUUUUUUUGGGGGGGGGGGGGGGGUCACCAUAUACGGUAACCAUAAGUGCAGUGAUUUUUUUUUCUUCUCUCUGUUAAAUCAAUCAAACUUUUGUGUAAACUGGGAAAAUAUUUAGCUUAAAGUGGCAUAUGUGUCAUGUUUAAAAUGUAAUAUUUAUCAUUUAUGGAGUGUUUGAAAUUGCACUAGACUGUGUUUUUUCUUUGUGGUGACAUUUUAAGUAGAAACAGUGUUGGUCACAUUAGUACCUGUUCAAAAUAUGUCAGAAUAUUUGUCAGUUUUUUCACAAACCAACUGGUCAUUUCAAAUUUCAUAAAUAAACCAAAGAUAAAAUAGA